UAACCGGGGCCCAACCCAACGCUAAUUUAAAAAAAAAACUAUUAUUGUCAUUCGUUAUUAUGACUUUUUGUGGUGUUUAUUUUCACAAUUUUUUAUGCAUGUUUGAGAAUUUCGUCUAAAUCUAAUCCAUGAUGAAAUGCAAUGAAUUUGAAAAAAGCAAAUCUCAUCAUCACAUGAAUCUGGACAACUUGGAUAAGGCCUUACACGAUUUGGGAAUGCUGAGUGCCAUUACUGAAGCUCGCCGAGAAUACUUGCGUGAAUCAAGAGCCAAUUACGGAGUAAUGCGCUUCAACACGCGCUACGUCUCGAACGUCACCGUGGGGUAUUGUAUGAAACGGGCCACAAAUAAAAACAGACUUUGCCCGUAUGUUUUGCCAGUUAGGCAUAGAACUAAGAGUGAGAACUCCGAUGUAGUCGGUAGUGAGGUGAGCGAUGCAGCUUGUGAUUAUAAAAAUAGUUUGUUGGAACCAUCCACAAGUGGCUACAUGGCGCACGAUUACACUAAAAGCCCGGCAAAGCGCUGCCAGUCUCUAGAAAACCUUAACCUUACUGUAGAGCCUCAAUGCAAUCCAGAGAUCUCACCAGAAAUGGACUGUGUGUCAACUCGAAUCCAGAAAUUACAGGUUGAUGAAUGACACUAAAGUUGAGCACACACACCACUCUUAAAUUUGUGUUGUCACACCAUGUGUGUGAUAAGGUGUAGCUGUAGUAUUCAAGUAAUUUAAUGAAUGUUGAAAAUGUAUACAGACUUUGUAUCAUUGAGAGCUGGCUCUCUUACUCUUAUGAUUUGCGUAUUCCCAUAAGUAUUUAAAUUAUUAACUAUAGUUACUACAAUGUCAUUCACAAAUUGUUUCAAAUUGGAUUUUACUCUCUGUAAAUAAUGUUUGAAUGAUAUUAUAACUUCAAUUUGCUUUUAUGGAGCAAAAGUUUUGCAAAUAUUUUUUGAAAACCUAUAGCCAUCAUUUUUUUUCUCAUCUUUGUAGUAAGAGAAACAAAGAAAUAAAAUGAAUGCAGAUUUUCAACAGGAUAAUAGACUCAAGACUUUUUGGCUGGUAUUUGGUAAAUGUCUGAAGCGUCAGGCCUUUGUAUGAUCUGAUCAUAUUUUUUUGCCAGUUAUAUUCCCACAUGGAUAUCCAUGAAUACAUACUACAUGAACAUCUACCAUUUGCCCUAUGAUUCUACAUCAAAAUAUGUUUGUAGAAUCAAACUGUCCCUCAAUAAAGAUAAUAAAUAUUUUCAUAUUUAUAACUUUAUAACAGUGGUGCAACUGGCAGCAAGCACCAUUGUACCCACCUUACACCUUAUGCUGACGACACGGUCAAAAUAAACAAUAAUAUUUAUAUACAAUCCUUUGGCCCUCGACAUCCCUUACCGACAGACUGCUGCCAAAUCAUAAAGUCGAUCCUUCCUAAAUUAUAAUGGUUGUGUAAUACCUACCCACUCCAUAACUGCAAUUGUAACGAUAUAUUGUUAGUGUGUAAUGGAAAUUUAUUAAAGAAAAAAAUCAUUAGAUUUGUAUAAAUUAAUUUUGCAUGUGUAUCACUCAUUACAUAAAUUCUACUUCAUUUCAUCAUUUAAUUAAGCAAAUUGCUCAAAAUUGCAAUGGGUACAAACAUAAUUAAUUUGUGAAUCUGUAACUAUAAUUGUUUGAUGGAUGUUAGCGUUUUAUGUCUAUGGUUACCUAAGUACCACCUAAGUGUUGUUAAGAACAAAUUUUGUUGUGUCUAAGUCACAAAUGCUUAAUUUAGCUGUUGUGUACUUAAUUUAUUCUAGUGUUCUACUAAUAUAUUGAUUAGUAGAUACUUUAAUAAAUUCUAUCUUUAAUAAUAUACUCGUCACACAUAAUUAUUGCAAGAAUACAUCAUUAUAGUAUUAGUUAAGAAAAUUCUUAUGUCCAUGGUAUAUAUGUAUAGUAUUUUUUGUUUAUAUAAGUUGAAAUUUUAAAACUUCAUGCAUAGUGUAAAGUAAAUAAGUUGAUUAUUCAAUAUUAAUAUUUGAUUUGUAUGCAUGAACUUGCUUUAAUGAAUAGAUCUUUAUUUACAUUUAUUAUUUGAUUUUGUUGUUGAGUUUUUGAUAGAAAUUAUUUAUGUUGAAUAAAGAUGAAAAUAAGCAGUAUUUGUAAUACAUGUGUUCCGUUAUAAGAGUGGACAGGCAGCCAACAUUACCACAGAUACAGUAUAAAGUAAUUUUCAACUACCACUCAUACUUAUAAAAAUCCUUUUUUUUUUUUUUUAAAUGUGUUACAUAUUGUAUUGACAAAGACUGUAAAUGGAUCUCAAAAGCAUUAUGCAUAUUUUUCAGAUUUGGUUAAUGAAAGACAAGCAACCCAUAUCUUUUGAUACCACUGUUAACUUGACUUUGUGACUUAGCCAUUGGUACAUAUGUUUGUUAACAUAUUUUGUUAUUUUUUUUUGUCUUAUUUAAUAACAAAUAUUUGAAAUAAAUAUUGCUUUGAUUUAUUA